AAAUUUUAUUAACUUUACUAAAAGUUGGUUAGACGGCCCGAAUGAUAUCAAUAAAACAUUGGAAAUUCAAAAAUUUAUAUAUAUGUCGUGGGUCAUUGCGAAGAUGAAAUACUGUCCGGAUUCCUGGCCUUAUGUGCAAACGACAAUAGGCAAUUUUGACAAUUUGACAGCCUCGCAAAAAUUUACAUUAUGUCAUGAAUUAUCAUCACAGUCUCCUGGAAGUCAAUUUCAUAUCACUGAUACCCAGUUAAUCGAAUGUUGUAAUAAAGCGGAAGUUACGAUGCAGAAAGUAACCAACGUAGCUCCAGAAGGAGCUCAUGAUGACAACAAAAAGAAAACAAUUGUAGAUAAAAUAUUUGAGGACUUUUCUACAACGCCUUUUAGCAGUACUACAACAUCGCCUGCGAGUAAAUUAAGGAAUUUGGAGCGGUCCCCUUUGUUUAUAUUACGGGAGAAGCCGAAACGUAAUUAUAGCCGUGAAUUUAGAGGAAAGGCAAAAUCAAAUUUGGAGGAAAAAUCCAAGGCCGCUAUUGAUGAUAAUUCCUCUUCAGAAAGAGAAGCUUCAGAUCGUGGUUAUAUCGAGAAAGAGGACACGUACAACCUCUAGUACCAUUUAAUCAGUGUAAAACUGGUUAAGUGAAAAUUGGGAUGAAGAUGACGAUGACUCAUUUGCCUCCAUAAUCUUAGAUCAAAACGAGAAGAUCAAUAACUCUCCCAAUGGAAAUAAGCAGAAAAUCCAAGGUUUUGAAACAGCGAAUGGUAAAAAAUCUCCGUAUCGGAAGAGAGGAAAAUAUCCAUACAAAAUAUUCUAAGAGAAUUUCAAGAUGAUUUGCAGGAAACGGAUUAUGAAACUGAAUUAAAAGAUAUAAAAGCUCGGAUAU